AUGACAGACAAAUUCAGCAUUUCUAGAAACAAUCUGAGGGUGACCUCUCUUUUUAUGGCAGGGCAGACCAGAGCCAACGGUGAUAGCCUUUUCCUGAAUCCGAAACUCUUCCAGAACUGCACAAAUCUUCUGGCCGACACCUACUACUGCGUGCAACCGGUGGGGUAUAUUGUGACGUACUCAGGCUAUGGAGAGUCGUCGACUUCCACAGUGCCGUUUGACGAAACCCCUUCAACCUCGCUACCUAGCCAACCUCCAAUGGCCUGGUCAACCGGGUCCAAUCCGAUUAUCCCGCUUGCAAAUGGAACCCGCACAGACUGCACUCAAUAUAUGUGGUUUUCUGGUGUAAAUUUAACGGAAAAUACAGCCGCUGACUGUUGGAACCAAGCCUGGCUAUGGAAUGCUUCUGAUGAGGAAAUCAUCCUCUGGAACCCUUCUUUGGCAUCGAAUGAAACUUCGAGUUCCUCUUCGGUAUCUGCCUCACUCCUACUGUGUCCAACUCGCGACUCCCACCUCCAGCAGUACCUUCAGCAGGAAGCAGAGACACCCAUCGUGACUCCGCUCCCUAUAUCCGACUGGAAAUGGGGUUUCGACGCCAUCUCCAAUCCAGACGGGCAUGGUGUCGACCUGUAA